UUAUAUCUCGUUGCAUCAUCUCUUGGUAAUGCAUCUUUGUAUUGGCGUGGUCCGGCUCUGGGAAUGAUAAUUCCUGUGUUUAGGUCCCUACUAAUUGUAUGUAACGCUGUUUGAAUUAUUCCACAUUAUUUCCACCAGUACUUUUAACUUUUGAUAAUGCCAACUGCUGCAUCUUAACCUGCUUCUUCCCCUUGUUAGUUUGCCAUUUGUGUAAGUCUUUAACAUUGCUAAAAUAGGAGAGGCAGUAUAUGAAUGAAGAAUAGGCAUUGGACAAGAGAUGUAUGCCUCCGGUGUAAUUAUGAUAAGGUUUUAAACAUUACUUUCAAUCCUAGGUGCUAACUUGAUGUUUUUGCUUUUAUAUUCUGCAUUUUCACUGAGAUACCAAUACUUUUAUGGUGAGGUUUAUGAUAAAUUAGUGUCAUCGAGCAGCUGAUGUGACAAAAAAUAGAGAAGGUGCAGGGCAUUGCACAUCCAGUAAGGAACAUGAAUCACUUUUUCAAGAUAAAGUAGAACCAUGUCCACUAAGUUGUUCUAUCUUCUAUGUGGAGAGUUCAAACAAUUGAAUACAGAGGAGACUGAAGCUUGCUCGAGGCUUUUGAGUAUGCGUCCUUUUGUUACAGAAAAUUCGAAGCUCUUAUAUGUUCUUAAGGGUGAAGUUGAGUGGUGUAAAACGUGGACCAGAAUUAUCCAUGGCAGACAAAUACAAACACUGGUGAUUGCUAUACUUGCUACUGUGGUGGGGAGCCAAGCCAUCAUCACUGGAACCUUUUCACAACUCUCUUUACACUUCUGUCCUAAAACAAAAUUACUUAUUGGAUCUGUUCGGUUAUAUAUACUAACUAGAAUGUCUUCAAUUCUGGAACUUUUGUCCAGUUGGUAUACAAUUUCUGCCCAAUUUAUUUUAAGAAUAUGUUGUUGUUGUUACUAAUUA